AUGAGCAGCACCCCUGAUAGUUGGAGUGGGAGCCAAGGGAGGGUGGGCAGGCGAGAGAGAGAAGAUCCAGAGGAAGACAGAGGGGAGGCAGAGGUAGACAGAGGGGAGGCAGAGGUAGACAGAGGGGAGGCAGAGGUAGACAGAGGGGAGGCAGAGGUAGACAGAGGGGAGGCAGAGGUAGACAGAGGGGAGGCAGAGGUAGACAGAGGGGAGGCAGAGGUAGACAGAGGGGAGGCAGAGGUAGACAGAGGGGAGGCAGAGGUAGACAGAGGGGAGGCAGAGGUAGACAGAGGGGAGGCAGAGGUAGACAGAGGGGAGGCAGAGGUAGACAGAGGGGAGGCAGAGGUAGACAGAGGGGAGGCAGAGGUAGACAGAGGGGAGGCAGAGGUAGACAGAGGGGAGGCAGAGGUAGACAGAGGGGAGGCAGAGGUAGACAGAGGGGAGGCAGAGGUAGACAGAGGGGAGGCAGAGGUAGACAGAGGGGAGGCAGAGGUAGACAGAGGGGAGGCAGAGGUAGACAGAGGGGAGGCAGAGGUAGACAGAGGGGAGGCAGAGGUAGACAGAGGGGAGGCAGAGGUAGACAGAGGGGAGGCAGAGGUAGACAGAGGGGAGGCAGAGGUAGACAGAGGGGAGGCAGAGGUAGACAGAGGGGAGGCAGAGGUAGACAGAGGGGAGGCAGAGGUAGACAGAGGGGAGGCAGAGGUAGACAGAGGGGAGGCAGAGGUAGACAGAGGGGAGGCAGAGGUAGACAGAGGGGAGGCAGAGGUAGACAGAGGGGAGGCAGAGGUAGACAGAGGGGAGGCAGAGGUAGACAGAGGGGAGGCAGAGGUAGACAGAGGGGAGGCAGAGGUAGACAGAGGGGAGGCAGAGGUAGACAGAGGGGAGGCAGAGGUAGACAGAGGGGAGGCAGAGGUAGACAGAGGGGAGGCAGAGGUAGACAGAGGGGAGGCAGAGGUAGACAGAGGGGAGGCAGAGGUAGACAGAGGGGAGGCAGAGGUAGACAGAGGGGAGGCAGAGGUAGACAGAGGGGAGGCAGAGGUAGACAGAGGGGAGGCAGAGGUAGACAGAGGGGAGGCAGAGGUAGACAGAGGGGAGGCAGAGGUAGAAGCAUGA